AUGCACCCUUUCACCUUGCUGCUCGCAGUGCUUGGCAGCCUCGUCACUAUCUCUGCAGCCGAUAUCAAUACCACAUGCAGUGGCGUCAACGCACGCAUCACUCCUUCACCUGGUGCCAUCGUUGUCGAUUCCAUGGGCGCGUACAAUGGAAGCUUCCGGACGCUAGCGGAGGGCGUGUCAAACCUGGCCAAUACGACGGAAGAGCAGACCAUUUUCCUUUACCCGGGCGUUUAUCACGAGCAGGUGUUCAUCACACCGCUGGCGGGGCCUCUCGUGCUACAAGGUUACACCUGUAACACGGAAUCGUACGCUGACAACCAGGUCACGAUCACCCAGGCGAAGGCACAAAGAGACAUUCCGCUCAAUGUGACUGGAGACCGCAACUGGGCAACCAGUACGUUGGGUCUCGCGGCGAGCAAUAUUAAAAUGAUCAACCUCAACGUGGCCAACACGGCCGGUAAAAUUGGUGGCAAGGUCGGUCAGGCGGUGGCCGUAUAUGCCAAUGGAACCGACUACGGCUUCUACGCCUGCAACUUCUCCAGCUACCAGGACACUUUGUGUGCUCACAAUGGUCGCGAGUUGUAUGCCCGCACAUUGAUUCGGGGUGCUACCGACUUCAUCUUCGGUAUGAACGCUCAAGCGUGGUUCGAGAAAUGCGACAUCGAGGUUGUCGGAAAAGGUUACGUCACGGCGAAUGGACGCGAGAGCGAGUCUAACCCGUCUUGCGUACCUCGGUCGCCCGUGGCGUCCCUACUCGCGUGUUGUCUUCCAGAAUAG